AAUUAUAUUAGUGUGCGGGCAUAUAUAUAUACGAAGUAUAAAAUAUGCCUUCCUUCAUCCGAUUUCCUUCCACAGUGCAGACACGUCCCUUGACAGAUGAGGAGCGGGCAGAAGUUGAAUGUGCAAUGCGUGGGGCAGCAGAAGCCAUGCAUGAGGCUGGAGAGAUAAUGGGUGAAAUAGGAAGGUCGUCGGACCACCAAAGCAUGGAGACAUGGAAUGAUGAUAAUGGUGUGCAAGAAAGAACAAUCAUCACCAAUGGGGGACGACGGCAUCGAAUUAUCACUCGACGAGGGCCAAGAGGGCAAUCAUAUCAGCAGGUCAUCAUCCCGGAUGGUUCUAACAACAACAGAAUGACAUGUCCAACUUUCCUCCUCUUCCACCUCCUUCUCUGUGGUGGAAUGGUUGUAAUAUUCUGUGACAUAUACUUCGUAGUAUGAUAUAUGCAUGUCAUGUACUCAUGUAUACUAUAUACGAAGUAUAUAUGUGCCAAAGUACUCUAGUGCAACUCAUGAAAGACAAUGUGUAAAUAAGUGUGUAAUUCAAUGUUUAUGGGAGUGAAAACGUUUGAAAUUCCAAAAUAGGACUAUCGUGUUUUAUUCCCUAAAUAGGAGUCAUUACUGUCAAGCUUGAAAAACGUUGCCAUGUUUAAAGUUUGCAAUUUCCAAAACAUGACAGUAAUUACUUCUAUGUAGGCAAUAAAAACCUAAAAGACCUAUUUUGGAAAACACAAGCUCGUUUAGUCCUAUUUAGGAAAAUUUUCCGUUCCUAUUUACUAGUUACUUGAUAAGUUCGUCUUACAACACGCAUUUGAUGCGUGUUGGGAUCGGUUUUUGAUGGUUUUCCUAGCUUUAAGGUGUUAUAAGCCUCAAUUUUAGUUCAAGUUAUGUUUACUAGGCGUUGGUUCGAGUUUUGUGUUGUUUGGAGUCAAAAUCAGGAAAUUAGAGUCCUACACCGGCGCUUGAGAAGCAAUCGGCAUGAGUUGAUGAUGCAUUCGAGAGAGAAUUGAGAGCUUUGGAGGUCACCAAAAGGUUUACGAUGAAGAUUUGAAGAUAAAAGAACUCGAGGAUUGGCUACGCGAUCAAAAGAAGACAAAUAGAGCUUGAAAACGGUGAUCAGGAUGACAUUUUGUCAAUCAUUCAAGCAUAUCUUUUUGUAGAAACAUCCAAAGGACACGAUUCAAGUUCCAUAUGAAAGAAAACUUCAAGGGAUACAAAUCAUGUCAAGACACCAUUGCUAGAAUCUGAGAGGAGGAAGGUGAAAAUAGACGAAGAAGUCAGAUGAUCGCUGUUGCGAUUUGAGAAUGCGACCUUCCACCAUUUUAUUCAUAUAUUUUUAUUGGAUGAUUCAAAUCCAGUUUUGCAAGUUGUAUUGGAUAGGGGACUUCAUUAUCUACAACUUUGAUGAGGUAAGAAUCGUAAAAUUCGAAGAAGAAACAACCCUGGAGCUACUGUCAGUCAGGCACGUCGUGCCAGCCAGGGAGGCAGACCGUGCCUGACCCCGGGACGCGCUUUUUACUGCGCAGGCACGGUCUCUGGCACGGUCGUGCCUGACCCCGAAAAUCCUAUUCCAGCUCAAAUUUUAUAUGUUUUUUCCUAUUUAAACACCAUGUAAACCCCUGUUUUGAAGGGGAUCUUAGGGAGAGGGCCUAACACGAAAUUUUGAGAGAUUUUCAGCUUUGUUCUUCAGUUUUUUGAGAUUCUUUGUAAGUUCCCCCUUUUUAAUUAAUGACAAUUAAUUCUUUUCAUCCC